AUGAAUAAUAAUAAUAGUGAUGAGGGUGGUGAGGGUAAUAAUUCGAUUUUAGGACUGUUUAUUAUAUUUGUAGUUAUAUUCACGAUUGCCACUUUUAUAUCUUCAGCAAUAACUUUAAAACAAAAGGAGUCUGCAGCUGCUAGUAAUGCAGAUCAAGAUCCAUUUGAAUAUAUGACAAAGUUUAAGUCCUGGGUUAUUAUUAAUGAUUAUUCUUUAAACCGUUAUUCGUGA